AAAUCUUCCAAUCUUCCCGUCUCAACGCUCAUCUACUGUAACACACAAGAUCUCACUACAGCGCUCAAAGCAUGGCACAAGACAAUGCUACUGACAUAUCAGGAGAGAGCCAGGCAGGGCCUAGCACUUCUGCAGCAGACUACAAAGUGCUGCUGAUCAAGACCUUCUCCCUCUCUGAUCAUCUGAGGUCACAGGAGAUGAGCACUUUACAGAGGGUCAAUUCGCCGCUGUUCCAUGUGUGCAUUGACACGGCAAGCGUACCCGAUGAUUUCCAGGUUACAAUUCGGGGCAAUCCGACGAGGGUACCAGCCUCCACCCUCCCAUUACCUUGCAUAUUGAUCCCUCUGGUCACUGGACAGCAGAUUGGAGAUGAAAACGAGCUGAAUAUCGAACCACGUCGUCUUGUUGAUCUGCAUCUGCAGCUCGCAGAGCAGCUGCUCGCUCGUGCAGAGGCAGGGCCUCGCUUUCGCUUGAACGACGUGAAUAGUCACCUUGUCAUAGAAUUUGGCAAUAUGCGAAGGGGAGUGAGCCCGCCAGGACACUCGGGAGCGCAGGAUGCCAGAGAGACAGUCGACAAAACUUCAUACGAUACGCAAGCUAGGAACCGGCCCCUUCGCCCUACCUGCCAUAGCCCUGCUAGAAGUGCGGCAAGAAGUUCUGGCACCGCCGUCAGGACAUUUGAUGAGCCCUCCGAUGUCGUACACGGCGACAAUGCUGGACCAAUCUUGGCAGCCAUCCCAUCUGGUCUCGCUGCCAUUCAAGACUCAUUUCCAUGCGCGAGUGUGUAUGGAGUUCCCUACAUUGAUGACUUGGAAAGUCUAGUGUACUUGCAGCUCUGGCAAACCGCUCACAUCUAUGGCUUGCACGAGAGGCUUCGAGCAUCUCUGGAAGAAGCAUUGACGAACCGGGUCAGAAAGGUCUUCCUUGUGUCAGACCACAGGGGAUGGGACAAGUUUCUAGAUGAAUACUGUGCAGCCGCAGACCCAAGAUGGAAGACUCUCACGCAUGGACUGCGGCAGACCAUACAAGACGCUCAUGAGAAGCUCUUCUCCGCUCUCGACAAGGACUUGCUUCGCCACAUUACCGUAGGAGAUGUGCAACAAGCGUUGACAAAAGUGAAGUCGCAAGGAAAGUAUCUUACAGGCGCGGACAUCUUCAGCGCCUGUCUCGAGGGCAGAAAUAUCGAUAAGACUAAUUCUGAGCUGCUGCGGAUCGAAAGAAAAUGCUUCGACGAUUGUAUCAUGCUGUUGAAGGAUACGGUCAAGGCCCUGCCGGGGUGAUAGACCCGCCAUCUAGGCACGGCAGGCGAAGAGUGGCCUCGAGAGGAGGUGAAGACUUCUGAUGCGGUACUUCCGAUGACAUGCAGCGCUUUUGAAGAAAAAGUCAUCAACUAGACUAUCUUCUUAUCCAGUGCAACCACG